ACCACCACCACCAUCAUCUGACUCACUACCACCACCACCAUCAUCUGACCCAUCACCACCACCACCUGACCCAUCACCACCACCACCAUCUGACCCAUCAUCACCACCACUACCAUCUAUAGAGAGAGACUCUGACUCGGAGCGUGAGCUGCCUGGAGGAGGAGGAGGUUGAGGAAGGCCCCCGCCGCCCCUGCCGCUGCCCCCGCUGCUGCCGCGAUGGGCUGGCUGGCCGUGGUGUGGUGGGCGCUGAGCUGCUGCUGGGCUGCUUCUCUGCACCCAUCUCGGAGUUUCCUACUCGCCGCUGAACUCGACCCCGUCUACUGGAACUCGAGCAACCCCCUGUUCCACUCUUCCGAGGGGCUUGUGGUCUACCCGCGAAUCGGCGACCGCAUGGACGUCGUGUGCCCGCGAGUGGCGGCCGGCCCCGGCGUCCCCGGCGUCCCCGGCGUCCCCGGCGGCCCCGGCGGCCCCGGCGGCCCCGGCGGCCCCGGCGGCCCCGGCGGCCCCGGCGGCCCCGGCGGCCCCGCGGGCCCCGGCGAGGUGGAGUUCUUCAAGCUGUACCUGGUGACGCGGGAGCAGGCGGAGCGGUGCAGCACGAUGCGGGGCUCGCCGCUGCUGCUGACGUGCAACAAGCCGGAGCAGCACGUGAAGUACACCGUCAAGUUCCAGGAGUUCUCGCCCCACCUCUUCGGCCUCGAGUUCAAGCGGAGCCACGACUACUACGUCAUCUCGACGUCAGACGGCACGCCGGAGGGGCUGGACAACCGGAUAGGCGGAGCCUGCCAGGCGCUGGGCAUGAAGCUUGUCAUGAAAGUGGGACAAGCGGAUCCGCUGGGUGACGAGGCAUCAGUGGAGCAGGGGGCGCCCUCUUCCAGGGAACAUCCCGACGGUUCGGCACACCGCCCUCCGGCAGACCCCCCUCCCGACAGGGACGCCUCCGGCGGUCCCGACGGCGGCGGCGGCGGCGGCGGCGGCGCCGGUGGUGCCGCCGACGGCGGCUUCUCCAUCUCCUCCUCGGGCACCACCGGAUCCGGCAGCAGCAACGGCGCCGACCCGUCCGCCGACGUCGGCGGCCCCGGCGGCCCCCCCGGCGGCGGCCCCGGCGGCGGCGGCCCCGGCGGCAACUCCUCCUCGUCGCUGCUGGGAUCCCAGAUCGCCCUCGUCGCUGGCGUGGCCUCGGGCUCGGUGCUCUUCCUCGUCUUCCUCACGCUGCUCGUCGUCGCCCUGCUCCGGUGCCGCCGCCGGCGCACCAAGCACCCGGCGCCGGCCUCCUCGCAGCACCACCACCACCACCACCUCCGCCACCCGUCGGCGGGCGGCGGAGGAGGGGGCGGCGUCGCCGGCGGCGGCGGCGGCGGCCCCGGCUGCCCCUCCUCCUCCUCCUCCUACCACCACCAUCACCACCACCCCCUCGGCAGCCUCGUCGGCAGCCCCAAGCACGGCGGCGUCGGAGUCGGCGGCGUCGGCGGCACGGAGCCGAGCGACAUCAUCAUCCCGCUGAGGUCGGCCGUCGGGGACGACCCGGCGGGGCUCGGCGGCCCCGGCGGCCCCGGCGGCGGCCCCGGCGGCCCCGGCGGCGGCGGCCCCGGCGGCGGCCCCGGCGGCGGCUCGUCGUCGUCUUCGUCGUUCUGCCCGCACUACGAGAAAGUGAGCGGCGACUACGGCCACCCGGUGUACAUCGUGCAGGAGAUUCCGCCCCAGAGCCCCAGCGUCUACUACAAGGUCUAGGCGGCUAGCGCGCCACCCCCCACCCCUCUCCCCCCUCCCCCCGCGGAGGGGCCACCCCCCCCCGGUGCCCGGGGGGGGGC